AUGGUAGACAGCGAAGUGAAUUCCCCCACGUGGAAGUUCACACAAUGCUUUGGUGAUAAAGGCGACGUUGAGGAUAUUACGGAAGCUGAUAUAAUUUCGACUGUCGAAUUUGAUCAUACCGGUAACUAUCUUGCCACGGGUGACAAAGGUGGCCGAGUGGUCUUGUUCGAGCGCAACGAAACGAAGAAGUCUUGCGAGUAUAAGUUCCACACCGAGUUUCAAUCACACGAGCCAGAGUUCGAUUAUCUGAAGUCUCUCGAAAUCGAGGAGAAGAUCAAUAAAAUAAAAUGGUGCCGCCGUCAAAACGCAUCCCACUACCUCCUAUCCACAAACGACAAAACUAUCAAGCUUUGGAAAGUCUUUGAGAAAUCACUCAAGGUUGUUGCCGAGAAUAAUCUCUCGCACGACCUAACACCAGCCAACGCUGCUGGCGGGGGAGGCGCCUCUCGUCCCAUGGCCACGACCCAGCACUUCCGAAACGCAGCAGAUUUGAAAUUGCCGCGUCUAACACACCAUGAUACCGUUGUUGCCGCGGUUCCUCGACGCACGUAUGCGAAUGCUCAUGCCUAUCACAUCAACAGCAUAUCGGUCAAUAGUGAUGGGGAAACGUUUAUUAGCAGUGAUGAUUUGAGAAUUAACCUUUGGAAUCUAAACAUACAAGAUCAAAGUUUUAAUAUUGUUGAUAUCAAACCUGCCAAUAUGGAGGAGUUGACGGAGGUCAUCACAGCUGCUGAGUUCCAUCCCCAGAGUUGUAAUUGGUUCAUGUAUGCCAGCUCCAAAGGCACCAUCAAACUGGCGGAUAUGCGGGAAAGCGCACUAUGCGACCAACAUGCAAAGCUCUUUGAACAAGAAGAAGACCCGUCCUCCAGGUCAUUCUUUUCGGAGAUUAUCUCAUCCAUUUCAGACGUUCGCUUUUCUUAUGACGGUCGAUACAUACUGUCACGCGACUAUCUCACAGUGAAAAUCUGGGACAUCAAUAUGGAACGGCAGCCUGUCAAGACAAUACCUAUUCAUGAACACUUACGACCGAGGCUUUGCGACACCUAUGAAAACGACAGCAUAUUUGACAAAUUUGAAGUUGUCUUCUCUGGUGAUGCGAAGAAUGUCAUGACAGGCAGCUAUAACAACAAUUUCAUGAUAUAUCCCUCGGACCCCGACAAAGAAGUUGAGGUUGUUCUACAGGCAGACAAGUCAGCUUUCAAGGCGAAAAAAGUAGGAGUUCCCACACCAAUUAACUCCUCAACCAGCCCGACGACAAACGGAGGGAAGAAGAAUGGAUCUAGAGCUGGUAGCCCUGCGGGUGGCGCUCAGCGCAUGAGAAAGGAAACAGAUGCGGACCAGAUUGAUUUCAACAAGAAAAUUUUGCACAUGAGCUGGCAUCCCUUCGAAGACAGCAUUGCUAUAGCGGCAACGAACAACUUGUUCGUAUUCUCGGCCCUGUAA